AUGGCAGUCUUCACGAACAAUAUGGCUGUUGCCGUAUGGUUGGGGGCUCUCAUGCUCAUGGCAACCCUUCCCGCCUCAGAAGGAAACCCAGCCUUCAUUGGAUGUUUCGAGGUGCACCAGAACUGCUUCCCAGAUGACUGUCAGAAGAGAUGCGAGGACGAUCUUGGAAAAGAUACGUUAAGUGAAUGCCAGCGGGAUCAUGGCGUACUACAACCGUAUCCUGGGCUUCAGUGUUGUUGUUUUCGAAAGGACGGUAUCCGAAAUUGA